CGAAACCCUAAACCCUACUCCAAGCAACGGUUCUGUACGCAUUCGAGUUUGAUCUGUUCGCUUACCGUCUUCGAGGAAGAUGAUUGAAUAUGCUGUCUUAUCCAUUGGCGUUGGCAUCCUAAUAGAGGUUUACAACAGAAGCGAUAAGAUGAAAGCUCAGUAUCUAUCCAGAAUUACCCAAAUAAACGAGCUCAAAGAAUUGGGGGAUCUUCUAGAAAAUGAGCCAUUAUGCAACCCUGUUGUUGUGAUAUUUGGAACAGUUGGAUCAAACUCAGCCGUAGAAACCACCCGUAGUGGCGCUUUGUGUGUUUUUUCUGAGGAAACGGCCACAGUUUGUUAUAAGCGGGAGAAGAAUUGUAAUACUGAUUCAGGCAGAGAGGAAUAUAAAAACGUUAUGCUGUACCGUAAGGAUGUUCCUUGGUAUUUGGAUGACGGUACCGGUCGGGUUUAUGUAACGGGAGCACAAUUUGCCAAAGGAUUUUAUGAUACCCUAAGAAGAUAUAUCUUCACUGAACCGGUGAUGGAACACUUUGAAAGGUUUUUUCCUUUCAAGGACGUCCAGUUUGUCCCAAACAACUGUUGUGAGCAUGUCCUUGAGAUUGGUAAGCCUUUGAGGAUUAUUGGUAAGGCUGAGAGAGACAAAAAUGGGGCUCCCACCAUCGGACGUGUCUAUCAGGUCUUUAAUGGACGUAGUAUAAACAAAGUUGAUGAAUUGGCUUCUGAUUUGAAAUCAAUUUCAGAGUGUUGUGAUAUGUUGAGCUUGUUGUUAACAGGUAUCGGUGUGUCUAUUUUAGCUGUGAGCUUUCUGCAUAAUCAUCUAGAGUUCUCCAAGUGAAAAAAAAAGACUGCGACGACUAAGCUUAUAACACUUGUUGCUUUUUUUUAGCAAAAAAAAAAAAAAAAACACUUGUUGCUUUCGGGAUGGUUUGGUGUGUGUCUGGUUAUCACUGAUAUAUUUUAUGUUAAUUAUAGUUAUGGGUUUUACAAAUCUUGUUGACAAUUUUUAGGCUGGUAUAUAUAUAUUUUCUUUUU